AUGACUAUCCAGGUUAUAUGGGAAGGAAGGAAUUGAUAGAAGCUGCCACCCCUCUUUGCGAUGUGUCUUUCACCCACACAGCUGAAGGCUCGCAUUACACCGCCUGGUCCUCCAUGAGUACCUUGGUCAAGAAGGAGCUUGUGCGUAAAGAGAGUAAUCCAGGAAGAUAUUAUCUAACAUCAGAAGGAGAGGCAUUAGGAGCCAAAAUCUCACAACUUGAAGAUGGUUGUGUCAUUGGUUCUCCAAGGAAAAGUCCCCAGGCCACACAGACAAGUGAAGAAGUCAUAGUCUUGUCAUCUAGGAGCUGCAGUCCUGUCAUCCCAAAUGAGGACUUCACCAGUCAAGCUUUACAGAGUUUCAAAGGAGUAUGUGAAAGUGUAAACACAGAAUAUAGUGGGAAAGUCAGUAAAAAUCCUGAUACAGAAUCGACAGUUUCUGUUAAGAGGAAAGGGCCUGAUAUUGACAGCAAGAGAGCCAGAAAGAUCAGUAAAAGUUUGACUUCUCCUGUGAAGAACACUUUAAUGGAAGAUGAUCAUUUAAGUUCUCCAGAACACUUUGUAUUUAGCUACAUUACAAGUUUGGAAGUGGAAACACCCAUGCGUGACCGAGCAGUUGUCAGCGUUGAGGAAGAUGGCUUUCUGGGUUAUUUGGUAAAGUGUCGUUAUUCUGCACUCUCAGCCUCUGGGCUUGUUUAUCGCUUGGAUGAUUACAGAACAGCUCCUCCGGGAUAUGUUUAUGCUUAUUUGUCCAAUGAGUGUGCUCCCACCAUGUGCCCAGGCCUUCGUUCCCCAACACGUCCCAAGUCUGCAGCAAAUGUUUGUCAACCGUCAGUACCAGUUGCAAAAGCACCUUUUGGCACUCAUUUUUCUGGAAACACAGAAAAGAAAUCUUCAGAAGUAAAGAAACAAGCUGUUAAUUCAACAGGAACAGCUUUUAGUAAGGAGAUGAAUCAAGCACCUACAGGACCUACAAAGAACUUGUAUUUACCUUUGUCAGAGAAACAGAACACAUUAGAUUCAUGUAUGACCAAGACUAAGACAACCCAGGUGUCUAGAGACCCUCUGUAUUCUCUCUGUCCUGGCCAGUUUGACAUUGUAUUGUGCGUUGACAAUUGUGAAAUAACAGGCGGGUUUACAGGUGGUAAAAGCAGCACCAGAGAAAUCAUAAUCACAGAGCUAGACAAACAUGGAAUCAAGUACGAUGUGCGAAAGCUUCACGUAGGAGAUUUCUUGUGGGUGUGCCAGGAGCGUGUCCCUUUAAGUGGAGAGCGGAGAGAACUUGUCUUGCCAUACAUUGUUGAGCGCAAGAGGAUGGAUGACCUUGCUUCAAGUAUCAGAGACGGUAGAUUCCGAGAACAAAAAUUUCGCCUUAAGCAAAGUGGACUCUCCAAACCCAUUUAUCUGGUAGAAGAAUAUGGCAGCAAGCACAUGAGCUUACCUGAAACCACGUGCCUGCAGGCUGUGGUUAACACACACAUAGUUGAUGAGUUUACCGUGAAGGUGACAAAGGAUCAACGGGAAUCAGCUGCCUAUCUAACAAUCAUGACUCGAUGCCUCCAAAGCAUGUAUCAGGGCAAGCUCUUAAAAGCAAUGAGUAGAGAGCAUUUUAAAGAAGGUUUAGAAAAUCCCACAACUCAGGAGAUUGUAACAUCACUGAUGACCUUCAGUGAAUUCAACUCCUCAUCCGUCAAGAAUCGGCAGCUUGAAGUGAGGGAAAUGUUUGCCAAACAUCUUCUGCAGAUUCACGGUGUUAGUGUUGAUAAAGCUCGAGCUGUUGUGGACAAGUUUGGUACACCACGGCAACUGAUGGAGGCAUAUAGGAAUGUUACAAGCUCAGAGGUCGGGGAAAAUAUGUUGGCAAACCUAAAAUGUGGAAAAGCAGGUCGUAACCUAGGAACUGUUUUAAGUGCAACAAUUUACAAAAUGUACAGUAACAAAACUUUAAACUAAAGUUGUAGGGGCUACCUGUUUUUCUUUUUCUAAGCAUUGGUUGCUUUUAUCUGUGAUAUACUGAAAGCAUGUACAUUAUAGAUUGUACAUUGUGAAUUAGAAGUUUAAGGUUGCAAUAUUUGAGGGAAAAAUAUUUUAUGUAAAAUAACUGAUAUGAGAUAUUUAUAAAUUUUAUGUGAUGGUUUUUGUCUAGACACAACAAGCAGUAAGUCAGAUAUUGUAUUAUUUGUUAAGGAAAUAAUGUUCAACAUCCAUUUAUAGGGGUCCCAUUACAAUGCAUGUUUCAGUUCCUCUAGCCACCUCUGAUAUCUGUGCAAGAAUUUUUUAUUGCCAAAACUUACUAUUUAGCAUCAUAAAGUUGAUCUGAUAGGUAGUUUUGACACCAUCCACUCCAAAUUAGGCCCACUACACAUAUGUGAAUUUUUUGGGAAAUGUGUGGGAAGCCUUCAUAAUGUAAGAAAAGGUGGUUUAUCUCCAUAAGUUCAUCUGCAGCUCUUUUCUAUCUUUCACUCUUAAUCUCUCUCUCUCUCUCUCUCUCUCCUCUCUCUCUC